AUGGCUACAGAAUUUAGUGCCCUCCAGCGUUGCGGAACUUGGAUAAAGAGGAAAUUUGAUGGUUCGAUUGAGAGGUUUAAAGCUCGUUUGGUUGCUAAUGAGUUCCAUCAACAAGAGGGUCUCGAUUAUACAAAGACUUUCAGUCCUGUGUCGCAGGGAUUUGUUGAUCCACAAUAUCCAAAUCAUGUUUGCAUAUUGCAGAGGUCUCUAUACGGGCUUAAACAAGCUCUAAGAGCUUGGUUUCAGAGUUUGCCUCAGAUUAUGAACUUAAUUCAGACUUUGGGUAAGCUAUUCUCCAUGAAGGACCUUGGGCCCCUUAAUUACUUUUUGGGAAUUGAAGUUACUUAUAAUGGUGAUUGUGUUCACUUGACACAAGCUAAGUAUGCAACUGAUUAUUGGUACGCACUGGAUUUACAUAUUGCAAGUUGUUGGUGCUUGCAGUAUUUAACAAUUACCCGACCUGAUCUUUCCUACUAUGUCAAUCAAUAUAAACCAGGUCCGGUGCAAUUGAGUGCUUAUUUUGAUGCUGAUUACGCUAGAGAUCCUGAUUCACGGCAUUCUACUGGUGGCUAUUUCAUUUUCUUAGGCUUCAAUCUUAUUUCAUGGAGCUCAAAGAAGCAGAAGACUGUUUCUAGAUCAAGUAUAGAAGCCGAAUAUCGUCAGCUUGCAUAUACAGUCGCAUAA